AUGGCGGCCAUGGCGGCUGAAGCGCGAUGGUUUAGCUCUGAUGUGAGCGGUGUGCCGCAGACUUCUCUUGAGCCAAUCUCGUCUGACCUGAAGGACUGUGCAUCCUUGUUUGCUGGACUUCCACAUGCAGAUUAA